CACCAUACUCAGGUGGAAAACGCACUGGAUUAAACCCUGGAUGAAAAUAAUUAUUUUUCUUUCUGUCAGUACAAUUUGGACUAACAAUUUUAUAUUACCAGAAGGUUGUGUUGCGCUGCUGGAAUGCUGCUUUGGGACACUGAGCCACAAUUUUCUAUGGCCAAAGGUGUUGAAGCAUUUAAAACAAAAGACAAGAGAGUUAUUCCUUUGGAAGAAACUUGAUCUAGAAUCAGCAGUCUGCUGAGGUGGGAAAACAAAAAGCUCUAGAUAAAAAUAAAGUAAAAUCCUGCCAGAAGUACAGAAAAAAAUGGUUGGAAUCAAACCUACUGACCUGCCACCAACUGCUGCUGUCAAGUUUUUUGGUGCUGGUACGGCAGCAUGUUUUGCUGAUCUGGUUACUUUCCCCCUGGACACAGCAAAAGUGAGACUUCAGAUCCAGGGAGAAUCUACAGCUGCCUCAGGAUCAGAUGUGGUGAAAUAUCGUGGAGUAUUUGGCACCAUUACCACUAUGGUGCGUACAGAGGGCGCAAGGAGUCUCUACAAUGGCCUGGUGGCAGGACUGCAACGACAAAUGAGCUUUGCAUCUGUUCGUAUCGGUCUUUAUGACUCAAUGAAGCAAUUCUACACCAGAGGAUCUGAGAAAGCAAACAUAGUGACUCGCCUACUGGCUGGCUGCACUACCGGGGCCAUGGCUGUCGCAUUUGCACAGCCCACAGAUGUCGUAAAAGUGCGUUUCCAGGCUCAAGCUCGUCAGUCUGAUGGAUUAAAGAGAUACAACGGCACAAUGGAUGCAUAUCGGACUAUUGCACGUGAUGAGGGUGUUUGUGGGCUUUGGAAGGGCUGCAUGCCAAACAUCACAAGGAACGCGAUUGUGAACUGCGCAGAGCUGGUCACUUACGACAUCAUUAAGGAACUCAUAUUAAAAUAUGACCUCAUGACAGAUAACCUACCCUGCCACUUUACCGCUGCAUUUGGAGCUGGAUUCUGCACCACAAUUGUGGCAUCUCCAGUAGACGUGGUAAAGACCCGCUUCAUGAACUCAACUGCAGGACAGUACAGCAGUGCACUAAACUGUACCCUCACUAUGCUGACCAAAGAGGGACCAACGGCUUUCUAUAAGGGCUUCAUGCCCUCCUUCCUGCGCUUAGGAUCCUGGAACAUCGUGAUGUUCGUUUCCUACGAGCAAAUCAAGAGAGGUCUGACUAGAAUUCAGUGCUCAUGGGAGUCACCUUUCUGAAUGGACAUUGUCAGUAUCUUCUGAUUUUGAUUAAACAGAGAGUGCAAAUAUAAGUCAAGUCCUCUGUUAUGACAACAAAUGGAUUCCCAGGUUAAGUCUUAUCACUGAAAAAGGCUGCAACUUUUUAAGGCCAAAGGUCAAGCUCAUCAAAAAUGAAAGAUGAGUUGCCAAAAAUCACGAGACGUAUGGCUGAGAAAGCAAAAUGCAUUUUUGUCUUAGUCUCAACGUCAUUGGACACUGAGAGAGGUGGUAUUAUCAAUUGCAAGGAUAUACUGUAUGUCCAUUUUUAUGUAUAUACUUUUAAAUAUGUCAAGAAAACGGGUCCAUAGCAUAAUGAAUGAAUACAUAUUUAUACUAUAAAC